UCUCCUCUUCCUCCUGCUCCUCCUCCUCCCUCUCCUCCUCCUGCUCCUCCCUCUCCUCUUCCUCCUGCUCCUCCUCCUCCCUCUCCUCCUCCUGCUCCUCCUCCUCCUCCCUCUCCUCCUGUUCCUCCCUCUCCUCCUCCUAUUCCUCCCUCUCCUCCUCCCUCUCCUCUUCCUCCUGCUCCUCCCUCUCCUCCUCCUGUUCCUCCCUCUCCUCCUCCUGCUCCUCCCUCUCCUCCUCCUGCUCCUCCCUCUCCUCCUGUUCCUCCCUCUCCUCCUCCUGCUCCUCCCUCUCCUCCUCCUACUUUUCCUCCUGCUCCUCCCUCUCCUCCUCCUCCUCCCUCUCCUCUUCCUCCUGCUCCUCCCUCUCCUCUUCCUCCUGCUCCUCCCUCUCCUCUUCCUCCUGCUCCUCCUCCUGCUCCUCCUGUUCCUCCUGCUCCUCCUCCUGCUCCUCCCUCUCCUCUUCCUCCUGCUCCUCCCUCUCCUCUUCCUCCUGCUCCUCCCUCUCCUCAUCCUCCCUCUCCUCCUCCUACUCUUCCCUCUCCUCCUCCCUCUCCUCCUGUUCCUCCCUCUCCUGCUCCUCCCUCUCCUCCUCCCUCUCCUCCUGUUCCUCCCUCUCCUCCUCCUGCUCCUCCCUCUCCUCCUCCUACUCCUCCUCCUGCUCCUCCCUCUCCUCCUCUUCCUCCUGAUCCUCCCUCUCCUCUUCCUCCUGCUCCUCCCUCUCCUCCUCCUGUUCCUCCCUCUCCUCCUCCUGCUCCUCCCUCUCCUCCUCCUAUUCCUCCUCCUCCUACUCCUCCUCCCUCUCCUCCUAUUCCUCCCUCUACUCCUCCCUCUCUUCCUCCUGUUCCUCCCUCUCCUCCUCCCUCUCCUCCUCCUAUUCCUCCCUCUCCUCCUGUUCCUCCCUCUCCUCCUCCUGCUCCUCCCUCUCCUCCUCCUGCUCCUCCCUCUCCUCCUCCUACUCCUCCCUCUCCUCCUCCUCCUCCUGCUCCUCCCUCUCCUAUUCCUCCUGCUCCUCCCUCUCCUCUUCCUCCUGCUCCUCCCUCUCCUCUUCCUCCUACUCCUCCCUCUCCUCUUCCUCCUGCUCCUCCCUCUCCUCCUCCUACUCUUCCCUCUCCUCCUCCCUCUCCUCCUGUUCCUCCCUCUCCUCCUCCUGCUCCUCCCUCUCCUCCUCCUGCUCCUCCCUCUCCUCCUCCUGCUCCUCCCUCUCCUCCUCUUCCUCCUGAUCCUCCCUCUCCUCUUCCUCCUGAUCCUCCCUCUCCUCCUCCCUCUCCUCCUGUUCCUCCCUCUCCUCCUGUUCCUCCCUCUCCUCCUCCUCCUACUCCUCCUGCUCCUCCCUCUCCUCCUCUUCCUCCUGAUCCUCCCUCUCCUCUUCCUCCUGCUCCUCCCUCUCCUCCUCCUGUUCCUCCCUCUCCUCCUCCUGCUCCUCCCUCUCCUCCUCCUAUUCCUCCCUCUCCUCCUCCUACUCCUCCUCCCUCUCCUCCUCUU